GGUCACCACGACAGGCGAGGGCUGGAUGGCCACGGUGGAGUCCUGGCACUGCCUGACACAGGGCUCAUUGCAGCUGUUGGCCAGCGGGGUGGGGCCGCAGGGCUGGCAGGGCCGGCACGGGCUGUAGCAGGACAUGGCUUGGGGCUGCAGGUGCACCUUCAUUCACUUCUUCUCUUCACUGUACCUCCAUCUCCUUCAGUACAAGGUGCACCUGCAGCCCCAAGCCAUGUCCUGCUACAGCCCGUGCCGGCCCUGCCAGCCCUGCGGCCCCACCCCGCUGGCCAACAGCUGCAAUGAGCCCUGUGUCAGGCAGUGCCAGGACUCCACCGUGGCCAUCCAGCCCUCGCCUGUCGUGGUGACCCUGCCCGGCCCCAUCCUCACCUCCUUCCCACAGAACACGGCCGUGGGAUCCUCCACCUCUGCUGCUGUUGGCAACAUCCUCAGCACUCAGGGAGUGCCCAUCAGCUCUGGGGGCUUUGGCCUCUCGGGCUUGGGCAGUGGCCUCUGUGGCACCAGGUGCUUCCCCUGCUGA